AAUUAUAGCUAUAUUUUAUAUAAAAUAGGUUGAAGAGGAUAGAAGAAAGACAUACCUUUAUACUAAUAUGUUCUUGAAAUAAAAUCUGCUCUUAAAUCUGAACUUUUGCUUCAGAAGAAUAUUUGACAGCAUAUAUUAGAGAUUUUCAUGUAUAUAUGAAAUAAAUCCGUAUGAAUAUAAGAAGAGCAUAAGCUUAUCAAACUAAUUCAUUGAUUAUACAUUGGAGUAGUUGGUAGUCGGGCCAUACGCCCAUACAAAUUGAUAAAGAGCAUUUAUUUUACUUGUCUUCUUCUUUUGUGAAGACACUCACAUAACUAAUGCCAUCAUAUAAUGAAUACAUACUCCGUAAAUAGGAGAAUUGAAGAUAAUAGAGUAUAUGAAACCAAAUUGGCAUCUUAUUUCUCUUCUUAACAAAAUACUCCAAAAAUUACAAAGUAUACAAAGAGUAAAAAUACUUGAAUAGCUAUAAUCUAAUUAUUAUAUUAAAAAGUCAAUGUAUGUGUCAUUUCCAUAGCCUGAAAAAGAAACAUAUGCAUGUGACAUUUGUCUUAUUAAAUUAAAUGAUAAAGAUAACAUGAUACUUCCUCCGUCCCUAAUAACUUUGCCAAGCUUGACCGGCACGAGAAUUAAUAAAAUGAAAAGUGUGUGGUUGAGGUUAUUGCAGAGGAGAGAGAAUUAAUUGGAACCACAAAUUCUUUACUUAAAAGGGAAAGUGGCAAAGUUAAUGGGACAUCCAAAAAAGGAAAGUUGGCAAAGUUAUAAGGGACGGAGGGAGUAUAUAUAUAUAUAUAUAUAUAUAUAUAUAUAUAUGUGUGUGUGUGUGUGUGUGUGUGUGUGUGUGUGUGUGUGUGUGUGUGUGUGUGUGUGUGUGUAAUACUACAUACAAUAAUAGCAACAAUAAUAUAUCGCAUAAUUAUAAAAUGAGACUUAUACUUUGAAGAUAAAAUACGGCUAAUACUCUAAUAGUUUAAUAGCCUACGUACUUGUAUAUAAAUACGUACUUGUAUAUACUUUGAAUAAAUGAGACUUAUAAUACGGCUCUACUAAUAAUAAAAUAAAUACGUACUUGUAUAGUUUAAUAGCUAUAUCACUACAAAAAAUUUACGGGAUUGGCACGGAAUUUGGCACGGACUUACCGAUUUUUUGUGCCAAAUAGCUCAUGCCAAAGUAUUUUUGGCACGAAUUCGGCAUUUCCGUGCCAAAAUCCCUGCCAAAUCCCUGCCAAAAUCUCUGCCAAUCCCGUAUUUUUUUUGUAGUGUAUAUGGCUAAUACUCUGUAAAUAAGUAAUAACAUGAAGAUAUUUACUACUCUCUGUACUUGAUAUGAGCCAACUCACGGGUGUACGAUUGUGAUAACUCUGUACAUGCAUUCUGAAAUUAUGGGACAACUAUAUAGUACAGAAAACACCCAUGCUAAUCGUAUUAUUAUAGUGUUUAUUAUAUAAACAUAUUAUGUGUAUCUAAUCAUAUUAUCGUAUUAACUAUUUAAUUUUAAAUUAAUUAUGAUGUAGUUCAUCCGUGGCUAGUAUUAGCAAAUGAGAGUUCGAUGUCCUUGAUUUAUCUGGUCAAAAGUAUUUGGAAUGGAAAGUUGACGCUUUGGCACAUUUAAAAGCAAAUGCCCUUGAAAACACAAUUGCUGAAAAUAAUUCAGCUACUCCCCAAAAUAAGGCAAAAGCCAUUAUCUUUCUUCGUCACCAUCUUCACGAAAGUUUGAAGUCUGAGUAUUUAUUGGUAGAUGACCCUAAAGAAUUAUGAGAUAAUCUCCAAGAAAGGUAUGGCCAUCAACAAAAGGUCCUUUUACCAAAAGCUCAAUAUGACUGGAUCAAUUUAUGAUUCCAGGAUUACAAAUCUAUAAGUGACUACAAUUCUGCCUUGUUCCAAAUAACAUCAAAACUGAAGUUAUGCAGACAAAAAGUCACUAAUGCUGAAAUGUUGGAAAAAACUCUGUCCACUAUGCAUCUUUCAAAUAUGCUUUUACAAGACCAAUAUAGACAAAAGCACUUUCAAAAGUAUUCUGAUUUAAUAUCAGUAUUACUACUUGCUGAGACGAAUAAUGACAUUUUGAUGAGAAACCACAAUAUGAGACCCACGGGUUGUAGCCCUUUUAGUUUUGGUCCACAAAAUCAUGGUUCAAAACAUGAAUCAAAUGCAACCCAUAGUGGUGCUUGUGGACAUUUCAAACGUGGUCGUGGUAUUGGUCAUUAUAAUGGACCUAGCCGGGGAAACAAACAGAGUAGUAGCUCUUACAAAGGCAAGGGAAAGCAAAACCCCCAUCAAACAAGAGGCCCGACGAAAACUUCAGAAAAGGCCAAAGUCACUUGUUUUAAAUGUGACACGUCAGGACAUUGGGAAAAUAAGUGUCGCACACCUACACAUUUGGUUGACUUAUAUAAAUCAUCUCUAAAAGGAAAGAAUGUGGAAACUAAUUACGUCAACGAAAACGUUCCACCAAUGCCCACAUUUAAUAUGUCUAAUUUCUAUAUGAAUAAUAAUGAGAUGAACACUGACAUCGUCAUGGGUGAAAAAUAAUAAUAAUCAAAAUGAAAUUAUUAUGUUAUGUAAUAUAUUCUGCAAUAAAAGUUUGUUGUAUUGUAAUUUUUAUUUGGUGUGCUUGUUUCGAUUGUAAAAGUUAUGUACAUUUUAAUGAAUAAAUUCUUGUUUAUAUUGCAAUAUUGAACUAAUAUUUGUUCAUUUUUAUCUUUUUAAAGAUAUGGAGUUAACUGAAAUUUCUCCAAAUGGCUUUGAACAAUGUUUAAUAGACAGUGUCACAAUGCACAUCAUUUUGAGACAUAGAGAUUAUUUUUCUCAUAUGACAUUAGUUGAUGCUAAUGUCAAUACAAUCUCAGGUGUUGCUAAAAUCAUUGAAGGUUCUAGAAUAGCCUGUGUAAUUCUCCCAAAAGGGACAAAAUUAAUAAUUAAAGACGCUUUAUACUCCAGUAAAUCACGGAGAAAUCUUUUGAGUUUCAAAGAUAUGCGUCUAAAUGGUUUUCACAUUGAAACAAUGUCUGAAAAUCAAAAGGAAUAUUUAUGUCUAACGACAAAUAGAUCUGGCAAUAAAUACAUUUCAGAAAAAAUGCCAGCAUAUUCCUCUGGACUAUAUUAUACAUAUAUCAGUCCAAUUGAGAUAAAUGUGGUAUCUAAAAUUAAUGGCCACAAUUCCUUUAUCUUGUGGUAUGACCAUUUAGGUCAUCCAGGCAGCACUAUGAUGCACAAAAUUAUUCAAAAUUCACUUGGACAUUCAUUAAAUAAUGUCAAAAUUCCACAAUCAAGUGAUUUCUCGUGCACUGCCUGUUCUCUUGGCAAAUUAAUUAUCAGACCAUCUUUAUACAAAAUUGGAGUUGAAUCUCCUGCAUUUUUAGAAAGAAUUCAAGGAGAUAUUUGUGGGCCAAUUGCCCCUCCGUGUGGACCCUUUCGAUACUUUAUGGUGCUCAUUGAUGCAUCAACACAUUGGUCACACGUCAGUCUUUUAUCGACUAGAAAUUUUGCAUUUGCAAAUCUCCUUGCUCAAAUUAUUCGUUUGAGAUCACAAUUUCCGGAUUAUUCAAUAAAGAUAAUCCGACUUGAUAAUGCAGAGGAAUUUACAUCCCAAUCUUUAAUGACUAUUGCAUGUCAAUUGGGAUUGAUGUGGAACAUCCAGUUCCACAUGUGCAUAUACAAAAUGGUCUUGCUGAAUCCUUAAUUAAGCGAUUACAAUUAAUUGCUAGACCAUUAUUGAUGAAAUCCAGAUUACCAUCAUCUGCAUGGGGAUAUGCUAUAAUGCAUGCUGCAAAUUUAAUUCGGCUCACGCCAACUGCAUAUCAUAAAUUUUCCCCAUUGCAAUUAAUAUCUAGUAAAAAACCAAAUAUAUCUCACAUAAAAAUAUUUGGUUGUUCUGUGUAUGUACCAAUUGCUCCACCUUAUCGUACUAAAAUGGGUCCUCAAAGAAGGCUGAGAAUUUAUGUUGGUUUUAAAUCUCCCUCAAUUAUUAAUUAUCUAGAACCUAUGACUGGUGACUUAUUCACCGCACGGUUCGAUGAUUGUCAUUUUGAUGAGACAGUAUUCCCAGCCUUAGGGGGAGAUAAUAAAGAAAUGGACCCACGUACGAAAGAUAUUACUUGGAAUGCAACAUAUUUAUCUUUUCUUGAUUCUCGCACAAAUGCUUGUGAACAAGAAAUUCAAAAGAUCAUUCAUUUACAAAGUGUUGCAAAUCAAUUGCCUGAUGCUUUCACAGACUCAAAGAAAGUGACAAAGUCACAUAUUCCAUCUAUGAAUACUCCUUCUCGAAUAGAAAUUCCUGCGGAGAUUAGCGAAAGAACUCUUGCUAAUGAAUCUAUGAUACGUAAAAAACGUGGUAGACCACUUGGUUCAAAAGAUUUGAAACCAAGAAAAUUUAAAAAGCAAGACGUAGUUUGUGAUGCCAAAGAAGUUCAAACUUCUCAAGAAGAAAAUGAACAUUUUGAAAAUAUCGGCUAUGAAGAUGACAUCAAUACUAAUGAUACCUCAAAAGAGGAUCCAAUCACCUUUGAAGAGGUAAAUAUUCCAGAUAAAGAUAGAAACGUCGAUAAUUUCAAAAUUUCAAUCAUUUACGUUUCUAAUGGAAUACAAUGGAAUAGAAAAGAUAUUGAUGUUAAUGAUAUAUUUUCAUAUGCCAUCGCCACAGAUAUAAUGAAUGAACACAAUGACAAUGAGCCUAAAUCUAUUGACGAAUGUCGUCGUAGAAACGAUUGGCCAAAAUGGAAUGAAGCGAUUCAGGUAUAACUAAAAUCGCUAGAAAAGCGUAAUAUUUUUGGACCAAUUGUCCACACGCCAAAAGGCGUAAAACCUGUAGGUUUUAAAUGGGUGUUUGUGCGUAAACGCAAUGAGAAAAAUGAAAUCGUUAGAUAUAAAGCCCGACUUGUUGCCCAAGGUUUUUCUCAAAUGCCAGGAAUCGAUUAUGAUGAGACGUAUUCUCCUGUAGUUGUUUACGAUUUUUAAUUGGCAUGUCUGUUUUUGAAAGACUGCAAAUGCGGCUAAUGGAUGUAGUGACCGCAUAUUUAUAUGGUUCACUCGAUACAGACAUAUAUAUGAGAAUUUCUGGAGGCUUUAAAAUACCUGAUCCUUAUAGCUCGAAAUCUCGAGAUUUAUUUUUCAUAAAAUUGCAAAAGUCAUUAUAUGGAUCAAAACAAUCUGGACGCACGUGGUAUAACCGUCUAAGUGAAUAUUUGAUCAAAGAAGGAUACAAAAAUGAUCCUAUUAGUCCAUGUGUUUUCAUUCAAUGAUCUGAAUCAAGAUUCGCCAUAAUUGCAGUAUAUGUUGAUGAUUUGAAUAUAAUCGGAACUUCCAAUGAAAUUGAAAGUACUGCUAAAUAUCUCAUGAAAGAAUUUGAAAUGAAAGACCUUGGGAGAACAAAAUUUUGUCUCGGCAUUCAAAUUGAACAUUUAAGAAAUGGUAUUUUUAUCCACCAAUAAAAUUAUACUGAGAAACUUUUGAAGCGGUUUUACAUGGAAAAAGCUCACCCACUCAGUUCUCCGAUGGUGGUUCGAUCUCUCGAUGUGCAUGAUGAUCCUUUUCGACCUUGUGAAGAUGAUGAAGAAAUCCUUGGUCCCGAAAUACCAUAUUUGAGUGCUAUUGGAGCGUUAAUGUAUUUGGCUAAUAAUACACGACCAGAUAUUGCUUUUUCUGUAAAUUUAUUAGCCAGGUACAGUUCUUCUCCGAAAAGAAGACAUUGGAAUGGCGUCAAACAUAUAUUCCGCUAUAUCAAUGGUACAAUCGAUCUUGGAUUGUAUUUCAAGAAUGGUGCAAAUGCCACUUUAAUUGGCUAUGGCGAUGUAGGAUACUUGUUUGAUCCACAAAAGGCAAAAUCACAAACAGGAUAUGAUAUGUAUUCACCUAUGGUGAUACCGCUAUCUCAUGGAGAUCGAUGAAGCAAACAUUAACUGCCACAUCAUCAAAUCAUGCAGAAUUAAUUGCUCUUUAUGAAGCAGGUCGAGAAUGUGUCUGGUUGAGAUCAAUGAUCCAGCACAUACAAAAUGAAUGCGGUAUAAAAUCUUUUACUUGUAAUCCUAUUGUGAUUUAUGAAGAUAACACAACAUGUAUAGUUCAGAUCAAAGGAGGUUACAUCAAAGGGGAUAGAACAAAGCAUAUAGCACCAAAACUUUUCUCCACACAUGAUCUUGAGAAAGAAGGAACAGUUGAUGUCAAACAAAUCAAGUCCUGCGACAAACCUUCUGAUUUAUUCACAAAGUCAUUGGCACCGAAGAAAUUUGAAGAACUGGUCCACAAAUUUGGAAUGUGUCGUCUUCGUGAUAUAUGGUAAAAUGAGGGAGAGUAAUAUAAUGCACUACACUCUUUUUCCCUUCGUCGGGUUUUUAUCCCAGUGGGUUUUUCCUAACAAAGGUUUUUAACGAGACAGUACAUUAUAAUACUAUGAUACUAAUACCCCAGAAUAAUUAGAAGAUUACCAUUCAAGGGGGAAUGUUGAAAUAAAGUUGAAUUAGUCAUCUUCUAACUAUUCAUGAUUAGGAACACAUUAUCAUCAUUGUUAAUAUAAAUAAGAAAUCAUAAUUAUGAUUUCUAGAUGGUAAUUGUAUGGCUCACAAUUAGCCCCUAAUCUAGACAAGAUUAUAUUUUCCCCUAUAAAUAGGAGUAUUCUCCUUCAUUGUAAAGACACCAUUAGAACAUCUAUAAUACACCUCUAUCACUAAGUGUUCAUACUAUAUUUUCUCUCCCCGAUCUUCUGCUUAUUUGCUUCCAUUUUAUAACACUUUGUUUAUUUUAUUUAAGUAAUUGAAUAUGGGUAUUGGUCAUGUUAGGACUGGAACUCAUUAAUGAGGAAGACUUCCAUUUUCAUUGUGAAACUAGCUUAGAACUAGUAUAAAUACAUUCCUCCUCCUUCAUAAUUGAUUAUGACUAGUUUUCUAGAUUCAGUAUUACCAGUUUAUUUCCAUGUGAAAAGAUUUUCUAGCCUUUCUCUUUGGGAGAUCUAACCGUCGUUUCGGAAAGGAGAAAUCACGUGGAUACCUAAGGUCAAGGAGAAAGUUCUCACCCCACUGCCCUCUUCAUUUUCCGCUCAAACUUGCGCAAGUUUGGAACAAUGGGCAACUUCGACGAACGGAAGCAAGCAACGGUCAGCGACGACGAGCAACAACAAGCGGCGACGAGCGGUGAAGGUGUGGCGACAAGCGGCAGCAAGUGGCGAGCAAAAGCAAGGAGCGGCGGCGAGCGUUGAGCAAUGGCUGGCGACGAUCUCAAGUUCAGAUCUGUUUUGGAAUUCAGGUCGGAUCUGCAACGGUGGAUGCUAGUUAUGCAGUAGCAGAGGCCGGAUCUGCAGCGACGGAGGCCGGAUCUGCAACGACGGAGGCCAAAUCUGUAGGGACAACAGCCGGGGGUCGGAGGCGGCCAAAUCUGGCCAGAUCUACGGCGGCGGCGGACAAAUCUACGGUGACAACGGCCGGAUUUGUAGCGGUGACCGGUUCUGCGGCGGCGGCGGCCGGAAACUGGCGGUUCGGCGGCAAUCCGAGCUUCUGUUGGCAAGAGUUGGUUUUGCUAAGUUUGAGGGCAUUUUUGUCUGGUUAUAAAUAAUAACUCCUAUUUGGGAAAAUUUUAAAUUUAUUCCUCUUUUAGCAAUUGAUGAUUUAUUUACUCCCAUUUAGGUAAAUCCCUCUUACUCAAAAACAUUUUAUUGUUCAUGUUCCAAAAGUAGGGCAAUAGAUUUCUUGCACUGACUUGAUGGAAAAGUAUAUUUGAGGAGUAAAUAUGGUAUUUUAACAACACUAGAGUAUUCUACAUGACCAUGAUCAGCCAGCGGAAUGAAAUUAAAA